CUCAAUCUUAAGCCCUGUUUGCGAUCGUUGCGACACGAAGGGCUAUUUGGACACGCUUUGUGUUUCACUUUGCUGACAUGCCUACCGCCGAGUGUAUCCACUUGCAUUGCUUAGUACCAUGGGUAGCAAAGUAGGCGCAGCCGCAAACCUUAGCCACUCCGUUUGACAGCAUAGCCGGUUCACUCUUAUUUUACAAAGUAAACGCAAGAAGACUUCCUCGCCUCCGGGGCUGCGCGCAGCUUCUGGAGUUCGUUUCGUCCUUUCGGGCGCCCUGCGCUGCCAAAUAUUAGUGGGGCCGCUUACGUAUGGCAUCCAAGCAAUUUUUAAGGCGGCUUCCGCUCCUCUCCAGAGAGGGAGGCUUGCUCAACCAGUUCACCCCUGGUGCUCUUCCUGAUGUCGCGAACGAUGUUCUCCCUAUCGUCGUGGCUUCCUCGGACUCGACGCCCAAUGCACGGUCGCCACCAAGCGCGCUGCCUGUGGCAAACAGCUCGGGGCAGAUGCAGAGGCCUGGAACGCUGCCUCAUACCCUCGGGCGUUGGAGUCAGCGACUCUCCCACCUGCAGCCCCUUCAAAAGCCGUUAAGCACGCUUGGUUACUCGCCUGCUGCUGAGGCCACGCGCCCGACUUGGCCAGCACGCGUUGAGGCUGCUAAGGGGCCAACCAGCAUUGCUGCGGCCACUUUACCUGCCAUCGCGGGCAUCCUAAAGCAGAAGCGCCCCGCCGCCGUGCGCGCCAUUACCUUUGAACCCGAUGCCAGCACCAGCGCUGAACCCAAGGAAGCUGCCGCUUCCGCUGCCAGCGGCGCUGCUGCGAAGAGGGCCACCACCGCCGCCGCCACCGCAGCGGCACCCGCCCCGACUCCAGCAGCCAUCACCGCACCCGAGAGAACAACCGCCACCGCAGCCGGCGCUUCAACCACCGCCUCUUCCACAGUCCUGGCGCCCAGCUCACCCGUCCUACCGCUCCCUGAGCCGCCAUCCCAGCAGCCCCAGCUGCUUCACUCUCAGCAGCCCCAGCAACCCCAGAACCAGCGCCGCGGCAGUCUGCCUCGCGGUGUCAACCCCGCUGGCAACUCCUCCAUCCAGCUCAACAAACACAUCAUGGCCUGCCGUACCACCGAGGAGCUCCUCACCCUGGUGCAGCAGCGCGGCAGCCAGUUUGACUACUUCAACAUCUCAACCGCCCUGGCGCGUGUGCCCAAACUAGCGGCAACGAGCGCAGGCGGAGGCGGAGGUGGAGGCGCUUCUCAGCAACCCAGCAGUGGCAGCAACAACCCGCAGCAGCUCAUGUCGCAGCAGCACCAGCAGCCGCAACCGCACCAGCAGCUGCAUCAGGUGGCUGCGGGCAUUGCCUCCUCCGCUGCGGCCGCUGCAUCGCUGCCCAGCGACCUGCAUGUGGAUGCUGCGGGCAGGGCGCUGCUGGAGGGGCUGGCUCAGCUGAUGCUGGCACAGAUUGACAGCUUUGAUGCGCGGGGGCUGGCGAACUCGGCCUGGGCGUUCGGCAAGCUCAAGUAUGUGCCCUCGGGCGGUCUGCCGGCGGUCAUCGCCCAGGCGGCUCUCAAGCGCAUGCACGAGUUCAGCCCCCAGAACCUGUCCAACCUCAUCUGGAGCUUCGUCUACAUGCACCACGCGGACGAGGAGCUGCUGGCGGCCGCCUCGCAGUUUGUGCGCGCGCGUGUGGGCGAGUUCAAGCCGCAGGAGCUGGCCAACAUCGUGUGGGCCUUUGCCAGCCUGGGCCACCGCAACCGGGAUGAGGAGAUGCUCAACGCGGUAGCUGAGCAGGCUAAGCGCAUCGCACCCCUCUUCAAGGAGCAGGAGCUCUCCAACGUGCUGUGGGCGCUGGGCAAGAUGAACCUGCGCGGCCGCCCCGACGUGUUCGAGGCCCUCAUGGCGGAGACGCGAGCCAAGCUGCCGGCGUUCCUGCCGCAGGGUAUUUCCAACGUGGCCUGGGCGCUUGCCUCCGUGGGUCACGUGGACGUGUCCUUCCUGGACCGAGUGGUGGCGCAGUGCGGGCAGCAGCUGGGCGGCUUUGACGUGCAGGCGCUGGCCAACAUGGUGUGGGCCAUGGCCUCGCUGGGCUACUACCAGCCGGGGUUCGUGACGGCGGUGGUCAACGAGUGCCUCAGCCGCGGGCUGGACCGACUGAGCCCGCAGAACCUGUCCAACAUCCUGUGGGGCUGCGCCACCCUCAACCACCGGGACCCCAGGAUGCUUUCCGCCUGGGCGGCCCAAACCCUGGAGAAGCUGCCCUCCUUCGAGCCGCAGGGCCUCUCCAACACCGCGUGGGCCUUUGCACGGCUGGGCUUCCACAACCCGCAGCUCUUCCAAGCCCUGGGCACCGCAGCCCUACACAAGCUCGACGGCUUCACCGCUCAGGGCCUGUCCAACCUUGCAUGGGCCAUGGCCUCUGCAGGCCACGCCCAGCCCCAACUCUUCGAGGCCCUCGCAUCCCGCUCGACUGCGCUGGCCGCCGGCUUCAACGCGCAGAACUGCAGUGUGACGUUGUGGAGCAGCGCCACGCUGCGGCACUAUGAUGAGAAGCUGUUCAGUGCCAUGUUGGAGCGGUUGGUGGCGGAGGUGGAUACGUGCGAGCCGCAGAACGUGGCGAAUGCGCUGUGGGCGGUGGCCAGGAUGGGCCACCCGCUGUCCGCCGACAGCGCAGGUGCGCUGGUGCGUCACGCGGUGCGGCUGCUGCCGCGCAUGAGCCAGCAGGAGCUGUGCAACACCAUGUGGGCGGUGGCCAGCCUGGAGCUGAUGAGCGAGGGGCUGUUCGUGGCCUUCUGCGACUGCCUGCAGCGACUUACCGACAUCACACCCGAGGGGAUUCACCAGGCCUACCACGCGCAGCUCAUGUUCCAUUCCAGUCUUGCCCGGGCCGCCGGCGUCUCCCUAGCCCAGCUCCAAGACGCCGCAGUGGCCAACCCGGAGGCCUCCUUUGCGCUCCUCCCGCGCCUGCCCGAGCCCCUGCACAGCCUGGCCGCCAGCAUGUGGGCCGAGUCCGCCCGCGACGUCCACGUCAGCCGCUUCCACCAGGAGGUAUCCGGGGCGCUGGCGGUGGCCGGCGUGCCGCAUGCGUUGGAGUGGGUCACCGACGAUAAGAACUUUUCCGUGGAUAUCGGGCUACAGGUCAACUCCCAGCCCACCGCGGUUGAGGUUAACGGCAGCCACCACUACUCCUCCAACCCGCCGCACCGCGCGUUGGGAGACGUGGGCGUGCGGCGGCGGCUGCUGGAGGACCGAGGCUGGCACGUAGUUGAUGUGGGGUUCAAGGAUUGGGAGGGCAUGGGCGGAUCUCUGGCGGAGCGGGGAAGUAACCUGGUGGGUCGCAUCGCGGCGUCGUUGGAUGAGUGGGACUGGCGCUAUGUGGGCCUCCCGCAACGGGAUGCGGACGCCUCGGCACCGCCGCCAAAGGCAGUUGUGGGGCCGGCAGCACAGCCGCCGCCGCCAGUAACUUCGCAGCAGCUGCCAACCGCAGCAAACGAACCGGCUCUGUCCUCUCAGCCUCCAAUCUUCGCGCCGCAUACCCUUCAACACGCGCUUUCCUCUGCCAUGGGCCUUGCCCCGCUAUUCCCCACGGCUCCGCUGUCCGCGGCUCGCCUUGGCAACAGCGCUGCUGGCGGCGGUCUGAACAACGCCGGCUGGUCCUCGCUCGAUGGUCUGAUGAGUCUUGGUUCCUCCGAUGCCGACAUGCUCGACCACUUGGGUCAUGUGGACGAGCAAGCCGUACAAGCGGCCGUAGACGCCGCGGAAGCUCUAGGAGCGCUACCCGGCGGCAAUCUGCUGCUAGCUCAGCAGAUGUACGACGUGUUGGGUGUGCGGCUGCCACCGGCGGUUGAGUUGGCGGCGGCUAGGGCGGGUG